AUGGGCUCCUACGAAGCAAAAAAGAAGCAGAUCCUGGUCGUAGGCUUCGGCGGCAUCGGAACAGUCACAGCAUACAACCUCGAGGCCAGUGGACUCGCCGAAGUCACGGGUGUCUUCAGGUCGAAUUACGACGUUGUCCAGAAAGAUGGCAUUCAGAUGUGGUCGUGCGACCAUGGAGAGGUCAAUGGAUGGAGGCCAACCCGGGUGUGCGAAUCCGUGCCAAAUGUCGGUAAAAGCGAGGAGCAAGGGCAAGGCUUGAUGUUCGACUACGUCGUCGUCACGACCAAAAACAUCCCGGACGUACCUCCGACGGUGUCUGACCUGAUCUCACCGGCCGUCACCCCCGGCAAGACGGUCAUCGUUUUGAUCCAGAACGGCUUGAACAUCGAGAAACCCGUGAUUGAGAGGUUCCCGCAGAACGUCGUCGUCUCUGGCAUUUCGCGAAUGAGCUCUGCGGAACUACGAGCGGCGACCGUCUUUCACCAGGACCACGACACUUUACUCGUGGGGGCCUUUGACAAUCCCAAUCUCGACAAGCAAACACAAAUCGACGAGGCUUCGAAAUUUGUGGAUCUGUACAAGGCAUCCGGCAAGCCGACCGUCGAACACAACCCGGACGUCAGUUUCGAUCGGUGGAAGAAGCUCGUCUACAACGCCUCUUACAAUUCGGUCUGUACCAUCACGGGCAUGGACACGACGAGGUUGAGGUCCGCCAAAGACCCCAUCACCGAGCUUGUCCUCCCCAUAAUGAUGGAGAUCAAGAGCAUCGCCCGAGCUUGCGGUGUAAGGUUGGCUCCGGACCAGGAGGACAUUUCGCUGGCGGGAGACAAGAUUGACGCUUAUUUCAGUCCGAGUAUGUUGCAGGAUUCGAGAAAGGGCAAUUUUAUGGAAUUUGAGAUCAUCGUCGGAGCUCCUCUCGCAGAAGCUCGUAGACACAACGUCCCCGCUCCCACUUUGGGGUUCAUUUAUUCGAUGCUCAAGGCCUUGCAACUCCGGACCAAGCAGAACAAGGGCAUGUUGGAACUUCCACCCAUGAAGGACUACGGAGGAGGCGACAUCAUGGAGCAGUUCAAGCAAAAGGGGAAUGUAAAAUGA